AUGAGGAUUUUCACUACGUUGGGGAUUUGGUCUACUCGGUUAAAAGAAAGUACUAAUUCUUUAUGGAUCCCUGGAUUUUUAAAUCUCAAACCGGCUCUGAGUGUACGGUUUGUCUCUGUGGAUCUCAACGGAGAUGAUGAUAAGCCAGUUGACAUUCCGGAUCCGUAUCAUAGGACGAAAAAGAAAUGUUUUAUUUGUGAAAAAAACAUUCCUUUAGACUACAAGAAUGUUCGUUUAUUAUCACAAUUCGUUUCUCCAUACACUGGCCGUAUCUACGGGCGACACAUUACAGGAAUGUGUAUUCCAAUGCAGAAAAGAAUAUCCAAAUUAAUUAUAAGGUCUAGACAAUUCGGUAAGGUUUCAUGCCUUUCGAAAGCAAAGAAAGUGUGUUCAUUGGCGACCCUAGGAUCACUGUUCGCUCAAGAUGAGAAAUUUCCACAUGUACAGAACCCGGUUUACAAUACACUUAAUGUAUGUCUUAUCCAUCUCCAACGUCUUUUCCUGAUUUCCUAUCCAGUUGGAAACUGGUUUGUUCUCUGUCAUAGUGAGUUAUUGCCGAUAGUUUCUGGCCAACGGACACUGAGUAUCUUGUGUAGAUAAUUGUUUAUGAAUAUUUAUACGUUUUUGAUGAUGGUUGUGGUAGUUCUUCAAGUUUCAGCUCUGUUCAGUGGAAGUAUCUUGACGUUCGUAUUGAAAAUUCCAACUUCAAUAUUAACUGACAGUUGUUUUGAGUUCCAUCUGUUCUUCAGUUGUAGAAAUACUGUCCUUACUCUACAUCAGGUCCUCUUUAGUAGUUGA